UCACCCGUGACCCACAUGCUCAGAGUCCACACUACCCGCGUGCCGCCGUCCGCCGUCGGCGCGCUCGUCGUCAACUGCAGCGGCUUCUGCCCGGUGCCGUCGCUCACGGCCAUCAUCGUCAACCGCUACGGGAUGCGGAGCGACGUCAAGACCUUCAACCUCUCCGGCAUGGGCUGCAGCGCGGGCUCCGUCGGCGUGGACGUCGCGGCCGGCGUCCUGCGUGCGCACGCCAUGUCGUACGCCGUCGUCGUCAGCGCCGAGAUCCUCACGGUCGGGUGGUACUUCGGCAAGGACCACGGAAAGCUCCUCCUCAACUGCAACUUCCGCACCGGCUGCUCCGCCGUGCUUGUAACGAACAACAUGGCGGCGCCGGUGAAGUACCGGCUCGUCAACAUGACGCGCACGAACACGACGGCCAACGACCGGAGCUACCGCGCGGGGUACCGGGAGGAGGACGACGAGGGCAUCACCGGCUUCACGCUCGGCCAUGGCGUCGGCCGCAUGGUCAGCGAGCUGCUGCGCGCGCACCUCGUCAAGCUCAGCCUCUCCAUCCUGCCUUGGCGCGAGAAGGCGCGCUACACGCCCGCGUUGCUAGUGUCGAUGCGCCGGCGAGGGCAAGACAAGCUCGCCGGCAGCAGUGUCUCCGGCGCGGCGCGGAUGCCAGACUUCCGCGCGGCGGCGGACCACUUCUGCCUGCCGUCAUCGGGGAAGCCAAUGAUACUGCGACUGGGAAGGGGGCUCGGACUGGGCGAGAGGGAGAUGGAGGCGGCGCUCAUGGGCGAGAGGGAAAUCAGUACUUUUUUGGUUCUUUGCUGUUCACCCGUGACCCACAUGUUCAGAGUCCACACUACACCCUGUCGUGCAUGCAGCCUUGCUUGUCGAGAGAACAUAAAGAAGCAGGUUCACGCCGUUUGGUGUUCGUGUGUCGAGAACCGGAUCUCAAAGCAGAUCAUGCGGUAUCUAGAGGGUGCUCACGUAUACACCUAG